UUCCUAUGCGAUCUAUCGUCUCGGCUGCGGAGGUAUCCGUAUAGUGAGUGCUUUGCUAUUCAGCGGUUUUCUGUACAUAUGUUUAGACACCAACACAUCUCAUUUGAAAGGAAGCAAGGCAAUCUAUCUGCACCACAUGUCAUAUAUAACAUACAGUAGUGACAUCACCCAUGGCUUUCAGUCUUUCGAGCAAGCAGCUCCCUCAAACAUUCUUAAGCUCCAGCGCUACCCGUCAAAUAAGUUCUAGAUUUCUCUCGACAUCCUCUAUCAUCUCCAAUAACUACUUCGCCACUAUUAUAUCAUCUCCUCGCCGGUCUACUAGUCCUACGCAACAACAACAGCAGCAACAGUCCAGAGGUUUUACGCAUUCAAGAAGCAAGAUGGCCACUAACAACGCUGCCUGGAUCAAAGAAGCGAAAGCCCAUCCUUUCGUGGUUGAGUCCGCUCCCGUUUGGACCCCAGAGGCUAACGAGGUUCUCGUGAAGAACCAUGCCGUCGCUAUCAAUCCCGUCGAUGGCUCUCUCCAAGCUGCCGGCUGGUGGCCUCUCGAUUACCCCACCGUGCUAGGCCAGGAUGUUUCCGGUGUGAUCGCUGCCGUUGGCCCUGGUGUCACUGCCUUCAAAGUUGGCGACCGUGUUGUCGGUCACGCUCUUGGCAUGGCCAGCAAGCGUAGACAGGAUGGUGGCUUCCAAGAGUACACAAUUCUGCAGACUAACGUGACAACUUUACUCCCCGAUAACAUCCCCUUUGAGAAGGCUGCGGUACUCCCUCUAGCUCUAUCCACUGCCGCCUGCGCUCUCUACCAAGACACCCACCUGAAGCUUCAGCUCCCUACUGUCCCCCCGCAAAAGCCCACGGGUAAGACGUUGAUCGUCUGGGGUGGUUCCUCCGCAGUUGGAAGUAAUGCCAUACAACUCGCUGUCAACUCCGGCUACGAAGUCAUCACUACCGCCUCCCCCAAGAACUUCGACUACGUAAAGAAGCUAGGUGCCAGCCAAGCCUUCGACUACUCUAGCCCAACCGUCCAAGACGACCUAAUCAAGGCCCUCAAGGGCAAGACUACAGCCGGCGCCCUCGACUGCAUUGGAGGCGCACCUCAAGGGAUCCUGCAGCAGGUCAUCGCCAACUCCGAGGGUGUAAAGGCUGUGGCGUCUACCAAGCGGGGUUGGCCCGAGCCACCGGCGGGCGUUACCAUGUACUCCAUCUUUGGCACCUCCCUUAGCGGCAACUUCGUUGGAAAGGCGAUUUACAACGACUUCCUACCUGCGGCGCUGAAGGAGGGUACUUUCGUACCAGCACCUGAACCAAAGAUUGUCGGCAAGGGCGUCGAGAAGAUACAAGAGGCUGUUGACCUGAUCAAGAAGGGUGUCUCGGCCACCAAAUUGGUUGUCACUCUGUGAGUGGAGAUAUAUACUCGCAUAAGUUGAGACAGACGCGCGAUGGAGGACGCAGUGAAACCUUGAAGAUUAGAUAUACCUAGGAAGAAGAAAAUUCAAUAAGUUCCCACGUCCCGCUUUACAGGUCUCGACCAUUCGACAUACCUACCUUGCUUUCUCAUGAUAACCCAAUAUGUAUCAAGCCCAUUGCUGCAUAUUGCUGCGAUGAUGGGAUCUUGCCCCUCUGAGCUGUGUGGUAAAGAAACUUUUUAUUCGCAAGGGUUAUGUGAUACUGAACGUCAACCGGACUCCGCAUCCGUGGCUUUCCUUUUCCAGAGCCAUCCACUAGCGUUGGAUCUUGGAAGAGAGAGAGGUAACAGUCACAAUAAUUGGCCGAGACAGGUUCUAAUAUAUCGGUAUAUCGGCGGAAACUACAGACGCCUUCCGACUUAUACGUACGUGGCGCUUCAAGAUAGACAUCUCAUUGGCCUUAUAGAUAUAACCA